AUGUCCAAAGAUCUGAUCGUUCGCUUGGAGACUUCAAACGACAAAUUAGCAGCCGUCGCUGCCCUCGAAACCCUAGCCCGAACAUGCAUCUCAGACUUGGUUCCUGCAACAUACUGCGUGGGGCAAGCCAUAACAGCCGAUGGUAGGGCUGUCGAGUUUUCAAUCUCCGCAUUCGUAACGGAAACUGAAACUCUGGAGUCUUUGUGGCCCUCGCUGGACGUAGUUCAGAAGAAGGUCAUACUAGAAGAGGUCAUCGCAGCGAUCAAAAAGCUUCAAGGUUCUGAAAUCUCACCAAAGGCUGAAGCACAUCGCGUCCCCCUAAUAUCCACAUGUCAACUGCUCACAGAUUUCGUUGCGCAGUACCAGCUCAAGAAGUUCGCCACUUCCUCCAUCGAGGAAAGCUCCGGUGGUGUGACAAUUACAUCUGCACUGCCCAAUAUCAAUCCCGUCUCAUUUUCCAACCAACAGUUGAAAGAGCUGGACAACACUGCAGUAUUUUGCCACAAUGACAUGGAGCCGCGCAACAUCCUCAUCCGCCGCACCACCUCCGGCUACAAAUUAGCCGCCAUCAUCGAUUGGGAAACAGCCAGCAUCGCGCCAUUCGCAUUCGAAACUGCAGCUAAAGAUACUCAUCUAGGCGCUUCCAACCAGUACUUCGACUGGUACUCCAUGUACAAGUCAGCCACGAAGUCUCUCAUUCCAGAUGGCCAUGUGGCGACGAAGUUGAUCUGCGCUGUCCAUUUGAUCGUUUCUUCGAGACAGCGCCAGCUGCUGAAAAAUGUCAGCGCGGAGAUUGAGCGGCGCUGGGUAGAGAUGGUGGAGUUGGAGAUGCAUGAGGAUGUUAGGGCUGGGAUGGUGAAGAAGGAGGGCGCGAAGGAGUGGAAGUAUGAUAAGGGGGAGCUUGUUGAGCUUGAGUUGCAAGUUCUCAAGGAUUUUGGUAGGAUCUGA